AGACGCCUUUGAAGUGCACGUUGCCAAUGUGCAGCCUAGACCCAGCUUAGUGCGACGGGGAAGCAUCAAGCAGACACUAGCGGCACAGCACACACCGCGACUCCGUGCACCAGCAUGCACGCACGGCCUGCCCUGUCCCUGCCCCUCUUGAGCCUGUUACUCACGCAUGCGUGGGAUAUGGUCAUGUUUGUAUGCGUUCUGGGGACGAUUGAAGGACCGCAUCCGGGCAUGGAUGCCUGUACUGCAUGACCCCUUGGACUCCAUACGUCAUUUCCCAGUCCCCGUCGCGUCCAAAACUGCCCAGUGUGAAAUUUGGCUGACGUUGCUAGCACUUGUACUGCAGCGCUGAUUUCUCAACCUCGCCAGCACCUGCACACGUUUGAACUGCGCGCGCUGCCGGGUUGAACGGCGCGGGGAGCCUGCCACUUUCAACCCUGCAGUGAAUAAAUUCUUGCAACACCUCAGGCUACCCCCAUUUUAGCAAUCUGGAUACGCCCUGGAUACAUGACCGGGCCGCAGCUGCAAGCUCAGCAGCGCGACCAGCCCUUUCCCGCCCAGCAGAAGCGCGGUGCACUCCGCGCUUCCGCGCCCUGCUUCGUUCCCGGCGCUGGCAGCUUGCCGCAGGCCUCUCGAGGCAGCACAUCCGCUCCAAGCAACAGGAGCAGCGCAGCACCGCGCGAUGUGGCAUCCACCGCUGCGCCUGCAGCAGCGGCGGGUCUGGGUCGCCGGGACACGGGCUGCAGCGGCGGUGCAGCUGCGGAUGGGCCUGGUGCCGCGACGGCUGCGUGCGGAAGUUGCAGCAACGGCGGAGCGCUGCAGCUCGACCCAGGUCACGGCGCUGACGUCGCCGCUGGCGUGGCGCUCGGCGCCGCGGGGGCAGUGACGCCGAGCCAAUGCGAUGCGGGUGGCGGCGCCGACCCGCCGAAUGGACGUGGGCGGGACCCGGCGUCCGUAGCUGCAAGCCUAGCGGCUGGGGCGGCGGCAGCUGGCACGGCGCCGGCAGCAGCGGGCCCGGCAGGGCCGCCUGCACUGGCGCGCUCACCCUUCGCAGCGUCCUCCGCCUUCGCUGGGCACGAGGCCCACGACCCAGAUGACAGCGACAGCCCCACUGCUGCUGCUGUCGCUGGCGCUCUUUUGGACACUCCAGAGGUGGCGCUUGCGACUGGCGCCGCUGCAAGCCCCGGCGCUGGCCCCGGCGCGCCAUCGCCCCCUCCCGGCUCGGUGCCGCCGUCGCCAGGGCCCAGCUACAGCCAGCAGAGCUUCAUCCAGGCCUACAGCCAGGCCUGCUACAGCCAGGGCGGCGCCAGCCAGCCGAGCUGCAGCCACAGCUGCUCCAGCCUCGCGCUGGCGGAGCGGGUGCUGUCGCUGGACGCGCCACAGCGGGAUGCGGUGCUGCGCACGGCGCGCCUGGUGCGGGCCGCAUCCCGCGGGUUGACCGCCGCGGUGGCCUCGGCGGCAAUGGCAGCGGCGGCGCUGCCAGCAGUAGCUGUAUCGGCGGCGGCGGCAUCUAAGGCACCGGCGACGCCGGCACUGCCACUACCAUCGAUACCACCGGCAGCUGUGGCGUCCCAGCGGGGCGAUGGGUCAGUGGCAUCGGCCACAGCGGUGGCGACAGCGAGCGACGAGGCCGCACCUACACCGGGGCCGCCACGACCGCCGCCGCUGCCGCGCCCUUUGGCGGCUGAGCCCGGCACGCUCUCGCCAGUGGCGGCCUCCGGGCCAAGGGGCCGCGGGGCACUACCAUGCUCCUCGUCCUCCUCCUGCCUCUCCGACCUGAAGCAGUGCUGGCAAGUGGCGUCCGCCGCCGCCACCUCUACCCCUGCUGCUCCGGACGCUGCCGUCCCUGACUCCUCGGCUGCCAGUGCCGCUGCCGCCGCGCGCCUGCUGCCGGGCGCACACCUGCGGCGCGGUGGCGACGGCUUGGGCCGGCCUGCACCGCCGCUGCCCUCUCCAGCGCUGCGCCCAAGGCUGCACGCCGCCAGCAGCAGCACCGGCGGGCCGCAGCUGCUGGGCUGGUCCACGAGUGAGCCCGCCUCCGCGUCCGCCUCCGCGUUUGCUUCCGCAUCUGCUUUCGCAACAGCCGCAACAUCACGAGCCGGCGCCGCCAGCCCGCUGCUGCAGCCCGCCGUGGGCCUAGCCAGCCUGAGAACCACGGGCGCCAGGGGUCUGCAGCCUGCCCGGCCCGCACCGCCGCUGCCACCGCCGCCGCCGCUUCCACCACCACCGCCACUGCAGCCUCGAGCGCAGGUGCUGGCGCUCACUGCCUCAACCUACUGCCCGUAUUCAACCGGCACGGUGGCGGCGGCAGGCGAUCCAGGGCUGCUGCUGGGAUUUGCGGCGCUCAACGCCGCUAGCAAAUCCCUUGGAGCCCCGCCCCCGCCCCCGCCUCGGCCGCUAGCACUAGCGGUGGCUGCGCAGCCCUCACCUCCGCUUCCUGCAGCGCGGGUGGCACCGGCGGUGACCCAGCCGUUGGCCAUGCCCAUGCCACCGCCAUCGCAGCUGCCGCAGCAUCAGCGGUCGCUUGGCCGCCGGCAGCUGGACUGGAGCGGCGUGGAUGAGCCGGCACCCCAGCGCGCGGCAGCGCUCGCGCACGAGCACGCAGCUCGCGCCUUGUACCCCGGUCAGCAUCAGCGUCAGAACCAACAUGAGAACCGGCACCAGCACCAGCACCAGCACCAGCACCAGCAUCAAAUGCACGGUGGUUUCCCACACCUCCAAUCCCCGUCGGACACCCUCGCCUUUGAAGCCGCCGCCGCCGCGCCAGGCCGCCACCAACUGCAGUUCUCGGGCCUGGAUUCGGGUCUGGAUCCGGGUCAGGGUCUGGAUUUAGAUUCGGGUCUGGGCCUGCCGGGCUUGGGUCUGGAGGAGUACGGGUGGCUGGAUGGUCUGGUGGCGGCGGCGGUGGCGGGCGAGCAGGGCCGCUUUGAGGAUCUGCUGACGGCGCUGGGGCCCGAGGCGGCGGCGGCGUUGCUCGAGGUCCUUGACACGCUUGAGCCGCCGCAGCCGCAGCCGCUGCUGCAGCCGCAGCCGCCGCAGCAGCGGCCAGUAGCUGUGGCGCCGGCGGCACCAGGGGCGCCGGUACCGCCAGCUGCUGCGCCGCCGCCUGCAGUGCCUUUCAUGACAGCCAUGUAUGCGUCAACCGCGGCGCCGCCGGUUGGGGCCGAGCGGCGUGCGAGGGACGCAGCGACCGGGCUGGACGGAUCCGCGGCUGCCGAGGGCGCCACGCCCGCCAAACACAGGGCUGCAGCUUCUGCAACAGGAGCAGGCGUACGAUCAGCAGGCGAGGAUGAAGCGCCGCUACAGCCUGACACGCCGGAUCAGCUGGAGCAGCCGCAGCGCCUGCCGCCGCCACCGCAGGCGUUUUUCGCUGUUGCCUCGGCACCGCCCCAUCACCGGGCGUCAGAGGGCUGGCGGUAUGCUGCUGCGGGCACCCAGCCCAGCAAAACACCAGCGGCCACCUCCUCUGCUGCAGCGAAUGCAUUGGCGGCCCCCGAGCCAGCUCGUCCCGCGCCGACGCUUGACGGCCGCAAUCUUGUAGGAGGUGCAGCCGGUGGGAUGCAGCGCGCAGCCGCCAGCCCAUUCGCAGCCGCCGCUGACGCCGCCGCAGAGCCGCCGCCGCACUUCAACAGCAGCGCGCCUCAGCCAUUUACGAAGGGCACUGCCACUGCGGCUGCAAAGGCUCCCGGCGGGGUGUCAAAAGUAGCCACCACAGCGGCUUCGCCAUUCGAGCUUGCUGCGGCUCAUGCACCUGAGUCUGAUUGUGAUAACCACCGCAAACAGCAGCCUUACCAAGAGCAGCCACAGCAACAGCAGCAGGCGGGAGAGGGAGGGCUGCGGCGGCCAGGCAGUGACGACUUCCACGCGCCCGCACACAUUAUGCCGCUGCUGCUCACCACCGCUCGCACCAUCCGGCCGCUGCGCCGCAACGAGCGCCCCGCCGCUGCGCUUUCGCCGGCCACCCUGCCGGGCACUGCCGCAGCCGAAAGCUCUGCCGCAGCCGAUGACGGAGCCGCUGCUGCCGGCAGCUUGAUGAGCGCCAGUGCCAGCGCCGGGCCCAGUGGCAGCAGCACCGGCCGUGAGGGUGGCCAAGCAGGUGCGGUACGCCUGGCUGGGCUCACCAGCGGGGCCGCGACUGCAGCGACGCCGGCGCGGCCGCCGCGGCCGCCGCUUCCACCGUCGUCGUCCGCGCCACGGCCACCACCGCCACCGCCGUCGCCGCUGCUGCCUUGCGCGGGCACGAGCGAGGAUUUUGCUGGCCCGGCCGAUGCAAAUGCGGGCGCCGGCUUUCACACCCCCACCGGCAAGGCUGCGGCCGCCGGUUGUCACGUGGCCCAUACUGCCGGCGUCGCUGUGGGUCCAGACACGCCGUCUGCUCAAGGACCUGCUAAGCCAGACGCAGCCAGCAACCCCACCGCGAUGUCGGUGGCGUCUGCGCCUGCGGCGGCGCAGUUGCCGCAGCCCUCGCAGCAGACAUCCAAACUGGCUAUGACGUCGCCCUUCGCGCAGGCGGCUGUGCAGGAGCAGCAACAUCAGCGGCAUCAGCAGCAGCAGCAGGUGGCAUGUGGAUCCCCAGCUGCGCCCAUCCAUGCAGACGGCGGCGGCGGCGGUGGACCUGCGCAGCAAGGCGAGUUGUCAACGGAGGCGGGUAGCAUCACGACCUCCGGCAAUGCGGCGGAUAGCAUCACGGCCUCCGGCAAUGCGGCGGGGGCAUCCGCUGCAGCGCCCUUCCAGAGUGCGCAGAGCCCACAGCUGCGCACGCCCAUGCCGCCAGGACCCGUUGCGGCGUCGCUGCGGCGCCGCGGCUCCUCCCGUGCCGCCAGCGGCCAGCUGCCGCCCCUGCGCAGCGGCGGCGGCAGUGGUUCCGGCGGCGGGCUGGGCUCGCGCAGCGGCAGUGUCCGCACUGCGCUUUGGCCUGUGGCGCAGCCGUCAACGCCGCAGACGCCGUCAGCCUACUGGCAUCAGCCGCCGGCAGGCACGCCGGGGCCGCCGCCGGUGCCACACGGCACGCCGUUCUCGGCCUGGGCCGCGGUGCCGGUGUCCACGCCGCGUAUGGGAGCAUCGCGGCAGGGCAGCUGGCAGCUGCCGCCCCUGGCGCCGGCGGCAGUUGCAGCUCGUCACGUGCUGCACACCUCGCCGUUCACGUGGCAGGCGCCUCUGAUAGCGUUGCAGCUGCAGCCGUUGGCCGUGUCAGCCGGAGCCGCCCACGCUGCCACCGCGCCGCCAGAAGCCGCCGCCGGCGACAGCAGUGGCAGCGACAGCUGCAGCCACGCCAGCAGCUGGGGUGCGACGGCAGGAUCGGGCGGCGCUGCGGCCGCCACCGCGCGCUUGGUGCGGCAGGCAUCCGGCGGCAGUGGCAGCGCCACUCCUCAGGUGCCAGCAGGCCCUGCAGCGCAACAGCAGCAGCACCAGCACCGGCCUCAGCCUUAUCAUCAGAAUGGGCAUGACCAACAGCAGCAGCGGCAGCCGUCAGGCAGCUACGAGCAGCUAGGGCCCGUGCUGCUGAUGCCUCAGCCGCAGCAGCCGGCUGUAGUGUCUUGCCCGGGCGGUGGGCUGGUGGCGGUGUGGCAGCUGUCGCCGGCCGCGUCUAUGGACUUGCACCACCGCCACCACCAUCCCCACCAGCCCUACGCCUGCCCAACUCACCAGGACCAGCAACCAACUCACCAGGCCCCCGCUUCGCACCUGCAGCCACAGCGGCACCCGCAUUUGCAGCACCCGUUGCAGCACCAGCACCACGCGCCACAGGCAGUGGCAGACGCCCAUGCCUACGCGCACAGCCACACUUACGGCUACAGCCAUGGCUACGGCCACUACGUAGGCGGGGACGGGGCUGAGGCUGAGGCUUGGGCUGAGGUUGGGGCCGCCGUGUACGGCUUCCCAGAUGCCUAUCAGCACCCGUACCCUUACCCGCCCAGCUAUGACGCCGGCGUACAGCAGCUGCAGCAGCACGAGGCAUACAGCACGGACAGCGCCGGGACUGACUACCCACAGCAGCCGUACUUCCACUCCUACCAGCAUCAGUACCAGCAGGCAUACGGAUUUCCCGGCCAUUAUCUGCCGCCCUCCCAGCCCCACCACCAACACUUCAACGGUUACAAGCAGCCCCACACGCAGUACGAAGGUGGUGUGUGCCCCGAGGCACGCGCGGAGCCUCACAACAACCAACAGCAGGACACGCCAGGCGACAAGCGGUCUCGCAACCCGUCUGCACCACCCAAGGCUGCGGCUGACGGUGCCCACUCGCAAAAACAGGGCACCGGCUCCGCCAUUGCAGGCUCCGAGCGUAGCACGCAGCGCGCUGCUUCGCCGGCGCCCCGCUCGCCGCCACUUGAGCCUGCGCCUGGCCCUGGCGGCGCCCGCAGCUCUCACGAGCGGUCCAUGACGCCGCCUCAACAACAGCAGCCUGUGGAGCCGCCGCCGCGGCAGCAGCAGCGGGAGGGCCGGCCGCGAGAGCGCAUGCAAGGCGCCUUCACGGCCGAGGAGGAAGCCGCGGCCGCCGAGGGCGGUGGCGGCGCUAGCCACCACACCGGCACAUCGGCAGCGGCGGCUGAGGGGCGGCGCCUAUCGCCGCUACCACCCAAGCGGCCGCGGCGCCAGCAUCCGCAGCAAAAGCAGCUUCAGCCGCUGAGGCCCCCAAGUCGAUCGCCGUCUUGCGCGAGCGCCCGCAGCCACGGCACGCCCUCCGCAGCCAGCGGCAAUGGCAGUAGCCUGGGCGACCUGGUCUCCGCUGGCGCCGCAGGCGGGGCACCGCCGGAGGAUGCUGCUGCUGGGGCGGUGCAGCCGCGCGACACGUUGUCCACCCUGCGCUGGUGCCACGUGCAGCACUCGCGCAAGCAGGUGGGCACGCGCCUUCGCUGCCUGCUUUGCUGCUGCCGUCUGCCUGCCCUUGCCUGCUGCCACUCCUUGCCCACCAUACUCGAAAUCCUAAAACCCGCGCUAGCUAGCUUUGCAGCACUGUAAUGCAGCUCCGCGCUCCUCCGACCCAGCUGGCGCU